CGCACCCUGUACCCCUCGUCUCCCCUCGUCCAACCCGACAUGUUGCAACCAGACCUGCAGCAGCCGCGAUCGGCAGCGAGAAACCGACGAGACCUCCCCUCCCUCCCAAAGUCCACUCCACCCUCCCCCCCGCGCCCCUGAUCGUUCUGCCAUGGAAAUAACCGUCGCUCGAUCAGUUGGCACGCGCAGCCAGACUCGUCCGCAGCGCUCGUCCGAUAGCAUAUGACAACGACACCGUGGGUGAAAUCCCAGCGACGCCAGGCAGCAUGGCUGCUCCGAGGCCACAACCAUCACUGGUACCGCAGCCGAGCCUGAGAUCGGAGGAAGGGUGUUUGGCUACCAGCACCGACAGGAAAUAUUACCGCCGCGGCAACGCCUUCAUCAAACGCUGCCUUCGUCCCCGCGAGUUCCUGCAUGGCCCCCAAGGGACGACCCACUAUCCCCGGUUACGGAAGGAGUCCCUCAAGAACGAGGCCGACACGCUACGUUUCAUAAACCGGCACACCGAGAUCCCUGUUCCUCUUCUGUUUUGCGACUUCGAGGACGAUGAUGCGUAUUACCUCAUCACCCAAUACAUCGAGGGUGUCAGCAUGGCCGACCUGCCGGAACACCAAAAGGACGUGGUCAUCGCCGAGCUGGAAAACCACCUGGCCCGUCUCAAGACCCUCAAGUCGAACCGCAUGGGCGGGCCAUCUGGAAUUGUGAUACCGCCUUACCGGGUACUGUGCGAGACGGAGAGGGACAACUGGGAACUCCGCCCAUCUGAUCACGCCGAGUACGUGUUUUGCCACAACGACUGCUCCCAGCACAACAUCAUCGUCAACCCGACCACCCUCAAGAUUGCCGCCAUCGUGGACUGGGAAUACGCCGGCUUCUACCCGGAGUAUUUCGAAUUCCCCUUCUACAGGCGAAAGGGGCCGUCCGUGGCGCUAGGUGAGGAGGAGGAUGAUACGGUCAAGAUGCUCAAUUUCCUCAACUCGCAGUUGACGUGGGAGGCCCAACAAACUCACCCAUGCCCGUGAUAUCCAUCUGAUUCCCACUCAAACGUCACCUCGCGCGUAGGUGUAUUCAAGGAUUUGGGAGAAUUCUCCGCCGAGCCAGGUUCAUGUUCUCUCAUCCAUAAAUUUUGAAAAUGAAAUCAAUGUUGAUCCACAGCAUAAACUUUAUCCUUGCAAUUGGUUACAUUCACGGACAUGCAACAAAACCGUGCCAUGCAAUAGACGGGGAGGAUUCGGGGAAACAGGGGGAGAGCGCCCCGGCGCGGGAGGGUGA